AUGACAACAUAUAAAGAAGCAACAAUUAAUCCAAAGUUUCAAUGGGUAGCAUUCGACCUAAGAAAUCUACGUCAAUGUAAUGGAACGUACGACGAGUAUGAUGAUGUACCACCAUUGCCAAACCCUAAAGUAGUCGACCUCGAAGAUGUGCAUUCACCGACUGCUUGCUAUCUGUUGAAUGAAAGUUAUCAAACAAGAGAUGAGGGAGAGAACCCUGAUGGAACUCUGUUUGAUCUUGGACCUGCAACAGCAGUGGUAGGUGAUCAAACCAUUCAAUUGAAUCCCUUUUACAACGAUCAACAAACCUGUGUGACAUGGUACACUGGUUCCGAUGGAAAGGUGUAUCAUGCUUUUAGAGCAUGGGAGUUUACCUAUUGCGCUGCAAGUUUGGCAGAGUUUACAACUAGAAUCAAAUUAGAAGCUGAACUAUGGUUCGCUCUCAACAAAUAUUCAAGAGAGGAAUUGGAAAAUGGUAGAGAAGACUUUUCAGCUCAAGAAUGGGCAUACAUUGAAUAUUAUCUUUCAAAAGAUCCAACUGAUAAUCCAAAUAUUAAAUAUCAUAAUGCUAUCUAA